GUCGCAUAAUCCCGAUAUAAGCUCCGAGUGCACCGAGACACAUUCAUUACCAAACGCCACAUGAUAGUGUAUGUGAAGGCAAACUUAGAAGCAUCUUUAGCUCGGCAUAUUCCAGAUUAAGUCUUAUACAGUGGAAAAAAUCAGGUUUGUCUUUCGAGGAUUCAUACAUUUUUUAAUUUCCUUUUAUCGUUAGCGGGGUUAACGUAACAUUCAAGACGCUAGUAUUUGGGCUAGACAUUCUUUUCUUCUCGAAGCCGGGCUUUUGUCGGUCGAGUCAAGUAUACAUGUACUGAGUAUAUGAGCGGAGUAAGCACAAACUCUUACGAGCGCGCUGCUAAUGAACGUUUGGUUGGAAAGAGUAAGCGGUAACGCACUACUGCCAAACACACUUUCACAGGAUGUUAUGUCAUAAAUUUUCUGAUAAAUAAAGCUAAUAAUAUGUAUAUCUUAGAUAAUCGCCUUAGGGUGUUUUAUUACGAAAUGCCAAAGACUAAGACGGGGUCUUCAAGUCAACGAAACUGCGCAGCUUAUUCAGAACCUCCAAAUGAAUUAAAAGUCCUAGUUGAAGCAAAAUUCAAACGUGCACGUGGAUUUGUCAUUCCCUUGAUCCUUUUAAGCGUCGCUACUCAUGAACAAAUACGAAAAAACAAGUCACGUUUCACAAUGUCCUAAAUGUAUAUUGUAUUGUUUGGUAAUUGAAUUUACAAACUACAGUCUGCAUCAGUGAUUACUGAGCUGUCGGUCUUUGGGCGGAGCCUAGGAAAAGCUGAAAGUAGUACAGAUUUCUAGCUCUAACUGAUCAAGAUUUUAUGCGUUUGGUUUAUGCAUGGUUUGCGUCCCUUUUCGCUUACCACGGUUCUUUCUUCUUAAUCGUGGUGAGCAUCAUUAUCGGCCAAUCGAUGAAGGUGUUUAUGUCCUACUUUUUUUAUUAAUAAAAUCUCCUAGUCGUUAUAGAAAUGAAUACUGGCAUACAAGAGCGAAGCACUUUUUGAGUUGAUGCACGUGACUCUCUCAGGUCAUACAUUACUUUACAUUGGAAUCCGCUUAUUUUUUCACGUUUUCAAAGGGCCUCAAAGAAUACAUUUAUCAAGAUUUUUUACCCUGAAAUCUCCUUGAUAUCUACAGCUAAGAAUUAACGAUGGCAGUCGCUCAAAAGCGAAUGGGUAGAGUUUCACUCAACAAUGAACCAAACUGGGUUACUGGAGAUGUAGGGAGCCUUCCGGCUGAGACAUCCAGAAAACGUCCUCAAGUAGCUAUGACUCAGAAAGCAGCCAAAGAGGCUAAAAAGAAGAGGUCGGAAGAAGAGAAAGAACCCAUUCAACAAAGUGAUCUUUUGAAACCACUUAUGAUGGACAUUUCAAAAAAGGGCCUAAAUUUCGCGUUCCAAAAAUGGAUCCAGCGCUUGGAGAAUCCCCAGAAGCGUACAAAGACUCAAAAACCGAAGAAAGUGAUCGUGGUUGGAGCUGGAAUGGCAGGGCUGGUAGCUGCAUACGAGCUGGAGCAAGUAGGUCAUGAUGUGAUACUAUUGGAGAGUCAGAUGCGAGUAGGCGGCAGAAUACAUACCCUUGGGGAAAAAGAUGGUUUUGAAAAGGAACUUUGUGCUGAGGGUAAGCCGUGUUUUAGAAAAGAUUGGUGGCUUUAUGUCGCCUUAACAGGGUUCUAAUUUUUUUAUUCCCUUGUUUUUUCUACACCGGUCUUUGCAUGAUUUAGUAACCGUAUUCGGAGCAAUUACUUAUUGUGAAGACGUAAUGUUUAGCAACGAGAAGAGGGCUGGACGUGCCUGUCGGUUAAACACUGGUCCACCCCUGUAAUAAACUUAGCCUAAUUCAGGAGUUCAGUAACCGGAGAGUGAAGCGAAAUAGAGGGCGAAGAAAAAAAAUAGAAGGGGAGUGAGAAGCAGAAAACGGAGUCACUCUCCCCCCCGCCCCCUCCCUACAUCGCGCCCCGCUGCUAUUUUAUCCCACUCACUACUCUUUGCACCGUCCCCGCUAUCGGAAUGCCUGAAACAAACGGCAGUAAACUGUUCUAGUCUAACACAAUUUUUGCUUCUUUUAUUGUCUUGUCCCAGCUGGUGCUAUGAGGCUGCCAUGUCCCCCGGACGCCAAAGAAAAGACCCACUUCCUGACAGAUUUUUAUGCCUCUGCCAAGCGGUUUAAUCUUCCCUUGGCACACUUUGCCAACUACAAUGAAAAUGCUUAUCUCAAGUUUUAUAACGAAGACGCUGUUCGAAUAAAGGGUAAGCACGAUUAGACAGCCUUGUCCUCGGGGAUUUCCCUUGAAACACUAGGCCCUUUUUCCCGCUGUCCCGCCUCUCCCUUUCUUAAGGGAGAUGCCCCGGGGCAGCGAGGUUGCAAAUAGAAACCUUUCGAUUGUAUUGAGGGGUAGAACCUCUAACUAUGAUAUUAGAUGUAACCCCAUAAUUUAAACAGUAUGGUGGUCUGUGGUCUGCCUCUAGAGUGACACUCUCUUUUUUGGCCUAAAAGGGUAUGCCACCGAACAGUGUAUGGUCUUCGGAAUCUUGAGUCUUACACAGGGUUUUAAUUAUAAGUUCACUGUUUAGCGUCAUUUAGCGCCUUGGACAUACAAGGCGUCUUUUUGGACAGGAAGCCUUGAACAAGGUGUGAACUUUGGCGGUGGCCACGCCCACGCCCACAUGUGAUCUAAUAUCUAAUGUAAUCUAAUUCUGUGAUGUUAGGUAUAAAAAAUACUAAAUUAUGCAUGCCAAAUGAAAUGAAUCGCGUUCACGAGAAAAGGACGAUCUUUUUUCGUCUUUUUGCGAAAACUCAACCGAGCAAUUUAUAAGCUUGUAGCUAACUGAACGGCUAAAUGCAGUUUUUUUAUUUUCUUUUCUCCCACAGGAUCAGGGUUUGAAAACCUUGGUUUCGGCACAAUGUGUCCAACGACACCCAUAAGUCCUUUUGACUGUGUUUCGAAUUUUCCUCCCCCAUGUGGAGGUCUGCUGCACAACGUUUAUACGCCUUUAUUGCGUAAUUCGAAAUACGGCUGAUGGGUUGAUCGGUGGCAUAGUGAAAAUUGUUAUCUUUUGCAAUGAAACACUCUGAGACAAUAACUAAAUAUUUUAUCUUUAAUUGAAACAGAAUGGGACAACGCAAAUUUCGACAAACUUUGGCCUGGAUGGAAUGAUACCCUCAAAGAAAAUGGAGUAGAAGGCAUCGCAAGUAUCGGUAAGCCUGAAAUAAGCUUAACUGUACAACUGACUAUCGUUGUUCAGUAGUGGUUAGAACUGAACUUUGCCGCCCUUUAAUUAUAUACAUAAAAGUACAAAUGUAUAGAAACAUAAAGGCGAGCAAGCCCAAUAUAGAAAUCACCGCGCUUUUAAUCAACGGUUUCGUCGAUUAGUUUUUCGAAUGAGCAGACUCAAAUUGGAAUUCAAAUAAAUAAAUUAAGGGUGGAUCUGCAAGCAAGGUUAUUCUACAUCAGAUAUCGUAUUGCGUUCAGCAUAAUUAGGCUAAAAUGAAAACAAACGGGGAAACAGAAAAAAUUGAUAUAAAUAAAGGUUUAUGACCUGGGACAGAAAGAAGCUGAAGAAGGGAGGAAACACUGGGUUUCGAAUAGAAUGAGGAGUAUUAAAGAAAAUGUCAUUAGGUUGAAAAGGAACAGUAACAAAAUCGGCGAUGCAUUGGAAAAUCACUUUUUUAAUUAGCGAGCUUAAUUUAAUUAGAGACAAUAUUACAAACCCCCUUCUUUUUUGGUGAAAUUGCUGUGCGUAGUUUUUUCUAAAAUUUCAUCUUCAUCUCACUGCAGAUGACUACUAUAAUUGUACCACUAAAGUCAUAACAGACCAGCUGCGUGACCUUCUUGAUAAUCCUGACGUUAAACCAUGCGAUGCCUGGAAAGAAUGGAUUGAUAUCUGGAGUCAGUUCUCACUUGAUGGGUUCCUACAAAGUAGCUACGAAGCCGUCAUGACAAAAGUCAGGAACAAAGCCCGCAAAAUCUCUCUGAAAGGCCUCCAAGAGCUUAAGAAGUACCUUCCUUGGACAGAUGCUGCCAUCACUGCCUACAGCGUUUUUAGCUACACAGAGCAGCUUGACCAAAGUCUGGUUCAAUACCUCCGUGAUCAGCUAGGACAGUGGUGGGCGCCAAACAUGCACCGUAUUGUGGGAGGGACGUCUUUGUUGCCAGAAGCCUUCACCGAGCCUAAUAAAGGAAGAGGCUGGAAUCCCGACGUCCACCUUCACAAGAAAAUCCUCCUCAAUCGUACAGUCAAAGAGAUUCUCUACACAUUUGAUGAGGAUGACACUGAAAAAAAUCAAGUGGUGGUCAAAGGCUAUUUCAGCAACAGCCGACAGCCUUUUCAGGUCGAGGGAGAUGCUGUUAUAGUAGCCACUCCAAUCAACAUUCUUAGACAAAUCAAGUUCACGCCCAACGAUACUACUACUCCGCCUCCACCACAGCGCUUUCACAAGGCCAUAGAAGACAUCUUUACAGGUGCUGCGACUAAAAUAUUCAUACAGACCAAGACGAGAUUUUGGGAGGAUGAGGGAAUCAAAGGGGGAUUCUCCAAAACAAAUCUUCCCAUUGGUCAGCUCCAUUAUCCAAGUAACCGCGACGGGGACCAUCCCGGGGAAAAGGGCAUCCUAUUGGUCUACACGUGGAAAUCGGAGGCCCUACUUUUUGGUUCCCUUGAUCCUCAAACUGCGGUACACGAAGCAGUAGAGCAAAUAGCCACCAUUCACCCACAGAUCAAAGAGCAGGUUGAAACGGGUGCCGUCUGCGCGUGGUACAACCGACCGAACGCUCAAGGAGCAUACGCCCUACUCAAACCCACCCAGUACCAAAACGUCCGCUACCUUAUGGAAUACCCAAUGGCAAACAUCUUCUUUGCUGGAGACGGCCUUUCCUUUGCUACAGGAUGGAUUCAGGGUGCCUUGGAGUCCGGUUUACGAGCCGCGUUUCAGUUUUAUAUUCGCAACGAGGGUGAAUGGCCUAAGGAAGAGAACUGACCUUGCUGAACGUUUACUUCUGCCAGUGUGUAAAAGUUGAAACUAACGGUACCAUGGAGUAAUUUUUUGGGGCAGUAAACCCUGGUUCAUGCGUAUUUCGGUGUGUUUUUCUAAGUUUGAAACAAGUAUCACGAAUUAUUCUGGUAAGGCUAGGGCUCCACACGAUCAAGGAAAGAGGUCGUAAAAAA